CCGGUCCCGGGAGCUAGAGAGGCUGAGAGGCGCCGCCGCCGGUUGCUAUGGAGACGGGCUGCUACAAUCACUCCAAAGGGUUCGCGGUUUCACCCCGGAGGACUGUUGGGGAUAUUGAUCCAGCCGCCGUUUCACCUUCUCUUUGCUGCUUUAAUUGGGUGUACUAAAAAGGCUGCAGCCCCUGGGCACUCGCUGGCCUUGUCAUCUGCUGCGGGAAGACACUGCGUUUGCCGAAAAAGUAAAGAAGAUAUGGAGAAUGACCGAGAUAAGGAAAGUACUUCAGCUUCAAAUUCAGACACAGAAAUGAAACCUGAACAACUGCCUGCUUGUGUGAACCCCGGCAAUCCUGUGUUUUCAUGUAUGUUGGAUCCAAAGACACUUCAUACAGCUACCUCACUAUCAGAACCUAAGAUGAUUAUGUAUAAAACCAAUUCAAGUACUUAUGGUGAAUUUUUACCUAUGCCACAGUUUUUCCCCUGCAUUUAUACUCCAAGAGAGCAAGAAUUUUCAAACCAUAUCAGAGCUACGGGACUUUAUCGAAAUAACACUCUAAACACUGCACCUGACAGAACCAGAACCCUUGAUUUUCCUAAUUUUCAACACACUCUGUGAAAAUAUAUUCCUAAGGCUAGAAUACCUAAUUGGGAAUAUAAAAAGAUUUGAAUUUUUAAAAAAUAUCUUUAAGAAAUAAAGUAUUUCAAGAUAA